AUGGACACAGAUACUGGCCUCAAUCAUGCAUACGGCUCCCCACAGCAUCAAGACACCGAGCUGUUCUCCUCUGAAGAAGACAGCAGCCUCUACUUCACCUACAGCGGAGGGUGCAAUGAACUGCAAGUCAACGACCUGCACUUCGAGGUGGACACGGCGGCUCAAAUCCCGUGGUACGAGAGGUUAUCGGAGUUCAAGUUGCCGUGGGAGAUAAAAGGGGACAAGCAGACAGCCAUCAACAAGCUCAGCCUCCGAGUCCGCAGCGGGCAAAUGCUGGCCGUCAUUGGCAGCUCAGGUUGCGGUAAAACAUCUUUGCUGGACAUAAUAACGUGCCGCAAUGAGGGCGGUGCAAUGACAUCCGGUCAGGUUCUGAUUAACGGGAAGCCCAACACGCCGCAGCUGGUGAAGAAGAGCAUCGCUCAUGUCCGCCAAGACGACCGUCUUCUCCCUCACCUCACUGUCCGUGAAACUCUGGCCUUUGUUGCCAAGCUGAGGCUGCCCACCCACUUCACUCAGGCCCAGAGGGACCAGAGGGUGGAUGACGUCAUCGCAGAGCUGCGGCUGCGACAGUGUGCUCACACCAGGGUGGGAAACGAUUACGUCAGAGGCGUUUCUGGAGGGGAGAGGAGGAGAGUCAGCAUCGCUGUCCAGCUUCUCUGGAACCCCGGUAUUUUGAUCCUGGACGAGCCCACGUCAGGUCUGGACAGCUUCACGGCCCACAACCUGGUCAUCACCCUGUCCCGCCUGGCUCGGGGGAACCGUCUCGUCCUGCUGUCGGUCCACCAGCCUCGGUCGGACAUCUUCCAGCUAUUCGACCUCGUCGUCCUGCUGUCGUCGGGUUCGGCCGUUUACUGUGGCGCUGCUCGUGACAUGGUGCCUUACUUCACCUCCCUCGGACACCCCUGCCCCCGAUACUGCAACCCCUCUGACUUCUAUGUUGAUCUGAUCAGUAUAGACCGGCGCAGUCCAGAGCGGGAGGCCGAGUGUUUGGAGCGUUCCACGGUUCUGGCCGAGCGGUUCCUGGAAAAAGUCAGAGUCACAGACAAUCACAUGUGGAAGCCAGCGGGGACCAACGCAGCGCCAACACAAACUGAAAGCCCUCAGCAGAAGAGCAAUGUUAAAGGACAGGAAGUGGUCACUAUCUCCAAGCAGAGUAACAGGCGGCCUGGCCGGCUUCACCAGUUUACGAUUCUCAUCAGGCGGCACAUGUACAAUGACUUCAGAGACCUGGGCACCUUAUUCGUUCACGGCUUAGAGGCCCUCCUCAUGUCCCUGCUGGUCGGUUGUCUCUACUACGGGGCAGGAGAGACGCGUCUGUCCAUUCAGGACACGGUGGCACUGCUCUACAUGAUCGGAGCUCUCACCCCAUUCGCGGUGGUGCUGGACGUCAUAGCGAAAUGUCACACAGAGAGAGCCAUGCUCUACCACGAGCUGGAGGACGGCAUGUACUCCGUCACCUCCUACUUCUUCGCCAAGGUCCUGGGGGAGUUACCGGAGCACUGCGUGUUCACCCUGGUGUACGGCCUGCCCAUCUAUUGGCUGGCCGGUCUUAACGAGGCUCCGGACCGUUUCCUGCUCAACUUCCUGCUGGUGUGGCUGAUGGUUUACUGCAGCCGAGCCAUGGCUCUGUUUGUGGCCGCUGCGCUGCCCACCCUGCAGACCUCCGCCUUCAUGGGCAACGCCCUGUUCACUGUCUUCUAUUUGACCGGAGGCUUCGUCAUCAGCUUGGAGAAUAUGUGGCUUGUGGCCUCGUGGUUCUCUCACGCCUCCUUCAUGCGUUGGGGUUUUGAGGGCAUGCUGCAGGUGCAGUUCCGAGGCAACGAGUACCCCGUCUCCAUCAGAAACAUCACCAUCAAUGUGGACGGCAUACACGUGGUGGAUGCCAUGAACAUGAACCAGUAUCCUCUGUACUCGUGCUAUCUCGUCCUGCUGGCGGUCUGUCUGGUCUUCAUGGCGCUCUAUUACGUGUGCCUAAAAUUCAUCAAACAGAAGUCCAGUCAGGACUGGUGA